ACAAUAUAUUUGCAUCCUUGCCCGCUUCCCCAUUAGCAUAAAGAGGAAUCCAGCUUCCUCAUCUACAUCUCCCAUUUCUGAUCAGUGGCUACGCUAGUUCCAGGAAAUUACCAAGCUGUGCAAGACAGUUCCUAGAAAGGGGACAUUUUACUUCAAGCAGGGGUUCAUCAUGUCUGACAAACCAGAUUUUGCAGAAAUUGAAACAUUUGAUAAGACCAAACUGAAAAAAACUGAAACUAGAGAAAAAAAUCCAUUACCUACCAAGGAAACUAUCGAACAGGAAAAACAAAGCAAAAACACACCUUGAAGUUGGAUCAGAAGAUAUGGCUAACGUCUCCUGCUAUGGGGUUAUAAGUUCUACAUUUUUAAAAUCUGUUAUUAACUGGUGUGCUCUGCUUUUUCAGGAAUAGCACAUUUUUUUACUUUUUUCUUUUUUCCCUUUAUUGAAACAGCAAGGGUCUUCUAUUUUACAGUAAUUAAAGUCUAUCAAAACAUCAUUUGUAAUUUCCCAAAGAUACUACGUAUUGUGUAUUCAAUAUACAUGUGAAUUUGCCAAAAAUGUAUACUUUUGUUGUUUAUCAACAGAAACUAUUAUUUUCAUAUAAUAUCUGAUAUGGAACCCCACAAUAAACCAGUUUCUGAUCUGUU